UUCGACCCGAUGACCAGACUCCGCACACGUUUUUUUCGGCUUUGUGCAAGCAAUUCGAGUGCAAUUCCCAAAUUCCAACCGAAAACCCCCUGAGAAGUGCGCGGCGCCUGCAAAUCGGCCAACUGCGAGGUGAUUCCCCGCGAGGCAGACAAUCGCCCCGGUUUCGGCGCAGCCUGGCCACACUGCCGCACGCCGGCCAUGUUAUUGUGAUUUGUAAAAGGUGGAACUAGACACGUGUUUAAUUCGGGCAGCCCAGCGUUGAGAAAUCGCCAGUGAAUCGCCAGCAGACACACAAAAAGACCACGCAGAACUCGCGAGUGCAUUGCAUUGUAUUGAAAACACCCGAAAUCAGUGGGCAAAAUAAGUUAUCCAGGCGGUGGCGAGAGAUCCUUCAAUAUUCAGCGAAAAUGGUAUCCGGUCGUCCUCUACUCUACCUCUCACUGCCCGGUGUAGCAUUUAUACUCGGCGUCUUUUGGUUUCGGCGUAGAAAUAAAAAUCGUUUAGACAAGCCCGAUGACGAGGACACAUCGGCCGUCAAGGACUCGUCGAUUGAGCCCACUGUGCAGGCGCGCAAGGCCAAUGGAGUCCUGCAGAAUGGCAAGCUGCCACAGCAGCCGGCCAGCAAGUCGAUGAACAUCAACGGAACCAUAGCCAAUGGAAGCGGAAGUGGAAGUGGAAGCGGUGGCAGCAAUAGCGGAAGCGGCAGCGAUGAAAAGGAUAGUCCCACCACCAUGUUGUAUGGCAAAUCCGCACCCAUCAAAAUCCAGAGCAAUGGACGCUCCUCAAAUGGCAAGCAUCAGCAGCAGAUCGAUUCCGAAAUGCUAAAGUCAAAGAUUCAGGAUGCCGAGCACAAGAAACUGUGCUCCAUAGACGAGGAUUUCGAGAAUCUAUCGUCGCCGCGUGAUUUGCCCGAUUCGGUGAAUACACGCGUGUCCUUCUAUAAUCGCAAGGCCAGCCAAAAGACAGUGGAACCGGUGGUGAUCAAGGCCACGCGCACGCCCAAGAUAUCGCCGGAGAACUCGUUCCUGGACACCAACUACACCACCAAGGAGGAGUGCGAGCAGAACAAUAACUGUGAGCCCAAGGAGAAGGAGAACGAUAAGGUCUCCAAGGCGGAGGCCACUGGGGAACAGCAGCAGGAGCAUGAGCAGGAGCAGGAGCAGGAGCAGACGGUGCUGAAGGAGGAGCUGGUGGACAGCAAUGGCAAUCAGAAGCGCAACGUGGACGCGGCCAGCCCCUCGCUGAGCAUUUGCAGCGUCCAGUCGGGCGAUUCCGGCAAGGGAUCCAGCCUGCCCCGCUCGGAGGCGACACGCGUGAAGACCAGCUACGAGUUCCUCUUCCCCAUCAGCCUGAUCGGUCACCUGUACGGCCGCAAGCGGGCCUUCAUUAACCAAAUCAAGGCCAAGACCCUGGCCAGCGUGGCCCUGAGCAAGAAUCCCUAUUCGGGCAAGGUGCGCAUCUGCACCAUCGAGGGAACGGAGAGCGAAAUCGACGCCGCACUGGCCAUGAUCCGUCAGCGUUUGCCGGCCAAGCGGUAUCCCAACUUCACCAUGCAACGCAUCCACUUUGCGCUUCCCCAGACCAUAGUUCCUCUUUCGACCGAAAGCCUCUACAAUCUACAACUGAAACUGAUCGAGGGCAUCAACAACGAUGUGGUGGUGAGUGCGGUGCUCUCCGGGUCGCAUGUGUUCAUCCAGCACCCGCUGCAUCCCUCGCAUCCAUCGCUGCCCAUGCUGCAGAAGCAGCUGUACGACAGCUACUCCAACAUGGAGUCGCCCCAGCUGCCCAGCUUGGAGAUCAGUGCCGUGUGCGUGAUACCCAUCAAUGGGGUGUGGUAUCGCGUCCAGAUCGUGGACACGGAUGCCGAGGACGAGGAGCGUUGCCUGGUCAAGUUCCUCGACUUUGGUGGCUACAUGAAUGUCGGCUUCAGCACACUGCGCCAGAUCCGCACCGAUUUCAUGAGUGUGCCCUUCCAGGCCACUGAAUGCAUCCUGUCCAACAUUGAGCCCAUCGGUGAGACCUGGUCCAUCGAGGCGGCCGAAAUCCUCAACCAACUAACCAAAGGCAUUGUCUUGCAAGCCCAAGUCGCCGGCUACAAUAGUCACAACAUACCAGAAAUCUAUUUAUUCGCUUCUCUAGGUCCCAAUAAUGUAAUCUUUAUCAAUAAGGAACUGGUCGCCAGGAACCUCGCGAAGUGGGUGGAGAUGCGUGACUAACAGCCUUCGUGAACAACUCAACUAGUAACCAAGAACUAUAUGAAAUCUAAAAGCAAACUUAAACAACAAUCACUCAAACCCAAAUCAAGCAACUUGGCAGUGCAACAAAGGAAUGCUUGAGUCUAGUGCAGCGGGCUCCAAAAGGUGAAGAAGAAUUCGGAUCACGGAUUGCGGAUGCAGCUUUUACAGAUAGCAUGUAGCACAUAG